UUCAGAUAUGCGGUUGUGGUCCGCACCAACUGGUCUCUUUCCGUAUUCUUUCGAUGAAGUGGUGUCCGUCUUUUGGGAUAGAUAUCCAAAUUCUUUCGCCAAACAUAUCAUGUCAGAAGAUGUGCUGGAAAGAAUAGUUACAGAAGAUAAGAUAGUUACGAAGAAACUCAUAGUGAAACAAGGAAGUUCAUUUCUUAAAAGAGUACCACGUUGGUUAUCACGUAUGACGGAGGUACGAACCGUGCCUGUGAUUGAGGAAAGUAUUUACGAUCGUCGUACACGAACACUCACCACAUAUACCCGAAACGUUUCUCAUAUCAAGCUGUUUGCUAUGCAUGAACGAUGCGUUUACCGUCCGAGUCUGGAUUCCCUAAAUGUUCCCAUGACCGAUCUCAUGCGCAGUGUCUACAUCGUUAUCAACUGCGGGCGGAUGAGCGGAGUAUACGAGAAGGUUAUGCUGUUAGGCUUCAAAAAAUCGGUUAUCAACACUUGCCGAGGGAUAAUUGAAAGGCUUGAGCAGCGAUUCGGAUCUCGAAAUCUGUCUAUGCUGCCAAAGGAGAAGCUGGCACAUUUGCGAGAAAAGCUUUUCAAGACAGCAUUUAUGUCGGAAGUCAAAUGUGAAGACAAGGAUGCCUAAGCUUGGAUGGUACCUCAUCUGCUUGUGAUUUGUAAAGUUCAAACUUCAGUAAUGUUUAUAUAGUGUUUUUUUUGAGUCCAUCGUUGUCGAUGUAUGUAAUAUCUGCUCGCGUGAUUCAAGUGAUAUUUACUGUCAAGUUAUAGUCAUCAGUAUCGGAAAUUGGUCGCAUGUCGUCUUAAAUCAUUGUUUGAAAGUGUUGUGAUUUAUGUUCCCAUCAUUGACUAUCCAUAUUCUUCGAUCGUGUUGUUAUUCAAAAUAUUUCAUGCGAAAUCUUGCAUUAGAUGCGAUGGAACCCAAGCUCUUUUAAAUGUCAUAUGCAUUCCUUUAAUUCUUCUAUAAACUUUCAUUUUCAUGAUAGAAGCUGCUCUGAAUAUAGCUUAGGAUUAGAUAGGACC